AUGUCCUUUACGGCUACUCUGAACCCGACCAUGCCGCAAGGCCUCUCGUCUUACUCAGCCGCCACUCGACCAGCAUCUUCGAUCUCUUUCGAAAAACCUUUCGUGUUGACAAAAGCACUUAUCGCGCAAUGGGUAGCAUCGCGGAGACAUAUCCCUUCCCCAGACCUCCAGAACUUCUUGUCCUCCCAGUCACCCGACUUCAAGCUUGACGCGUCCGCCACACCUCUCGCCGAACCGCGCAAGCGUACUCGCCGCAUCGUCGACCAUGACGAUGCUCCCGCUAGAGUCCCACGUCCGCCAAAUGCCUUCAUGAUCUUCCGCAGCGACUUGAUCAAGGAUACGAAGUUCGCUCUCCAAAAGAUCCAGAAGAAGCAGCAGCACUUGUCCGUGAUCGCCGGCGAGAUAUGGAACAUCAUGCCGGAGGAGUGCAAGACGGUGUGGCGUACAAAGGCGAUGUCCCGGCUUCGGGAGCACCAGGAGAAGCACCCUCAGUAUAAGUAUACGCCCAAGCAACGGAAUGGUCGCGGCAAGAAGGCGAGCAAGGAAUCCUCCCCUAGCUCUGCAGACCUUGUAGCUGGCGAGCAAUGGCGUGGGGAAAACUUCUCCGAGUUUUACCAUGGCACCGCCCCGCCGCCCGCACAUCGUCGCCGUGGCGCUCAGCCCUACGAGGUACCUACGUCAGCCUCACAGCAGCACCAGGCUGGUCCCUCCGGCGCUUCCGAAGAGGCCCGGUGGCACCGUCUCCGGAUCCCACCUCGCUCGGCAUCUCAUCCCGCAGACCCGCCUACCACCGCUUUACCGGAUCACUUGACAAACAUCUACUCUUGCCCUCCUACGACACUCCCUCCCUCCGCGCAUUCGUCUCCUGGCUCGUGCCACUCGGAGCCCGCCUACUUCCCUGCUGCACACGACCUGCCGUCAGAUUUCCAUACGACGCAGCACACCGCACAGCCCCCGAUGGCAGCGCUCGACGUGCCGGUCGCAUCAUCGUCCGUUCUCGAGCCUCCAUUACUCCCGAACCAUUUGCCGCCCCCAGACGUUCCCGCCGAGAUGUGGGUCCCAGACCUUUCGCUUUCUGCGCCAGAAGAUCCCACGAACAUGCGCGGCAACUUUGAUUAUGGCUUUGAAAACUUCUGGUCUGUGCAACAUACGACAAACGGCAAACCGGAAGCCGACAUAUUCAGCUUGGCUGGUACUCAACAGCCCUUGUGGCCCUCCUUCGACUUGUCGACGGACGUACAGAACAUGUUUUCGCAGCAUCCUGUCCUGUCCGAAGUCGAAAGGGACGCUCUCGUUCAGGCGACCAUGAUGGGACUUGAGCUGCCGAUAUUCGGCCCACCUCGACUUUGA